AUGGCUCAGGCAAAAAUGGCGCUCCAGACGUUUAGUCUGAGCAAUGACAUUGUCGAAGUCUCUCCUCAAGACGAGAUUUACAAGUACGACGCGGCAGCGGAUAGACAGAUCAACAACCAGUCGCCAUGGGCUACAGACCCUCAUUAUUUCAAGUCUUGUCGCAUCUCGGCCGUCGCGUUGAUCAAGAUGGUCAUUCAUGCACGCUCUGGAGUACCUCAUGAGAUCAUGGGACUCAUGCAGGGCAAGGUUGUUGGCCAGUCGCUGGUGAUCAUGGACUCGUUCGCUUUGCCUGUACAAGGAACUGAGACGCGAGUGAAUGCUGCAAACGAAGCAAACGAAUACAUGGUCGGACGACUCGAAAACGCCAUUGGGUGGUAUCAUUCUCAUCCUGGAUAUGGAUGCUGGUUGUCGGGUAUCGACGUGAACACGCAGAUGACCAACCAGCGGUAUCAGGACCCAUUUGUCGCUGUCGUGAUCGACCCCAAUCGUACCAUUUCCGCUGGAAAGGUUGAUAUCGGCGCGUUUAGGACGUAUCCUGAAGAUUACAAGCCACCCACAUCUGGCAAAACCGACGAGUACCAAUCUAUCCCCUUAUCCAAGAUUGAAGAUUUUGGUGUACAUGCCAAUUCGUACUAUCCUCUUGACGUUCAAAUCUUCAAAAGUACGCUUGAUGACACGCUUCUGGGCCUCUUGUGGAACAAAUAUUGGGUCAAUACGCUUAGCCAGAGCCCACUCAUUUCGAAUCGAGCUUACGCCGUCUCUCAACUUCAAGACUUGCAGGCCAAGCUCAACAAGGCAAAGGGAUCGAUACCGAACACCCGCGCUUCGGUACCAACUGCUAAAGCAACCGCACCUGCUGGAGACUCCAAAGCACCUCCCAAGCGCAAGGAUACCACGGAGGAGGCAUCUACAUCCAAGGCAAAGGACGAACCCAAAGAGAGCGCACUUCAGAAGGGGGUCCGUGAUAGCACGAAGCUAGCAAUGGAGGCGCAGCAUGGACUUAUCUCGCAAGCGCUGAAAGAGUACAUCUUUGGUGCGAAUCAAGAUGUCGCCCAGAGCUUGAAUGUGCUCAACACGGCCAUCGCUACCGAGAAGUGA